AUGAACACGAGCAAGACCAAACAACCUGGCCAAUUCAUGAGGGCCAUGUUCAGUAAGGCAGGCAGUUGCAGCCUAAGCUCUGGAUUGAGAAACGGAAGAGACAGGCCAGUUAUCCAUUUCAUUUGCUCGUAUUCUGAGUUUGAUCUGGUGAAGAGGUCUUGGGCUCUUGGCUGCAACAGGGAGGAGGCACCGGUCAAACAAGUUCCUGUUUCCAGAAUGUUAAUUGUACUAGAGUUUUUGAUCGUGCAAAACCCUAGCAAACUGUGUGUCGCCUCUGGGUCCGCCCAGCCUGCUGUUUCUGGGCUCCAUGGUUGGGCAGACCUCCCGGAUGGCCUGCUCGAAUCCAUUAUUGCUCUGUCAGGAUCCUUCCGUGACCUUCUUGCCUUCGCUGCGACCUGCCACUCUUGGCCUGCUGCAUUCUCCUCAUACCCAUCCAAAUCUUCUUUCUGCGCCAAAUUCCCACCUCUCCUUAUCCAAUUCAAUGCCUGUGUUCAAGCUCCUGAUCUCCCUUCUAGCAAUGGUCUUCAUGAGCUACACACAUUUAAGGUCAUUGAUCCGACCAAUAAGAAUGUCGCCCUUCGCUGCCAGAUUCCUCGAGACAUUUACCAUGAGAUGGAUUUCGUUGGCAAUUCCUAUGGUCAACUAAUUUUCCGCCAUGGUGAAUAUUGUCUUCUUGUUGAUGUGUUCAAUGGUGCUGAGGUUUCAGCUCCACCUCUCCCAUUCAAUCGCGAUUUCAGGGGGCUCAACUGCAGCGGCACUCUUACAGCUCCACUUGCAUCACCCAAUUCACACCUCCUUGUCAGCACCGUAAACACCCUGUUUGAUUGGCCAGUUGGAAGUGAAUCUUGGUCUGAACUGCAGCUUCAUAAUACAUGUAUAGUACAGAUUGUGGAAUUGAAAGGUCAGUUCAUCGCCAUGGAUGAUUGUUGUAAGAUCUAUGCUUCAUUGUUUGCAACAAUCUACACUUUGCAGCUGUCCCCCGAGCUCGGUCUGCAAAAGAUGACAUGUGUGGAUUUGCCAAUCACAUUUGUGGAUUCAUGGCUAGUGGUCUGUGGUGACAUGCUUCUCAUGAUCACGAAGCAUCCAUCCUUUCCAAAAGUAAAAUAUAUACCCUACCAACUUGACCUGUCAACCAACCCUGCAAAAUGGGUUGAAGUAAAGCGGCUAAAUGAUUGGGCACUCUUUGUUGGAUGUGCUGUGAGGAGCCGGCCAUUUUCUUGCAUGAGCCUAGAAAGAUGGGGAGGGAGGAGCAAGUCGUUGUACUUCGCAGGCCAUCACUCUUUUGUUUUACAUGGAUUGGGUAUCGAGGGAGAUGUAAAGUUAGAGCACAAAAGAAACUGGUUACGCAAGCUGCAGCCCCUCUGGGUGUACCCAAGGAUGUUCUACUCAGACAGCCAGUGA